AAUUAGUAGCGUUGCUAUCGUUCGACGAGUUCCAGCUACAGCUGCUCAAAAUCUUCCUAUUGACAUUUGCUUUUAGCGUGGCAUUGAUCUUUGUUGCUUGGCACAUUUACGGCUCCCGAAUCACGGAACAAUUUAUGAAAGCGGGUGUCUCCGCGGAAGAUUGCAGUCUAUCGCUCUAGUAAGACGUUGGAUAUCGUUGCUCUAAUUAUUUAUUAGACAUGGCUGAUAAAAUUAAGUCCUUUUUUCAAAAAAAGAAGAUAAAUACAAAGUUUAUGAAAGCGGGAAAGGGAUACAAACUAACGGAUUCUACCAGUACUAUACUUACUCCGGCGGAAUCUAAAGAACCAAUCAGGAGAGCGGAACCUACGGAAGAAGCUAAAAUAGCGGGCCAAGCUGCUCUGGCAAGAUUAGAAGCUAAAAAAACUGAUAAACCAAGAUUUAACACAUCAUAUGCUGCGAUUCAAGCACGAGUUAGGCGCGAAUUGGAAUUGGAAAGAAAAGCACAACAGAAUUUACAAGCUGAAAGUUUAACAUCGAAGGAACAAAAGGACAAACCCGAAGAUCCCUCCAUCUUUGCAGUUACCGACGUGUUCUUCCGUUGUCCAUACUUAUCGGACGAAAUAUUAUUGAGAGACGAAUGGAAGAAGAAAAUAAGAGAAUUCUUAUACGAGCAAUUGAGAGGAGAGGAAGCAGGGUUAACGGCAUGCCUGAUUAUCCAGAGUUGUAACACUGGGAAAGAAAGGAUCGAAAGUUGCGUAGAAACGCUUGGCAAAUACUUGGACAAUAUCAUUAACAAUCCUGACAUUGAGAAAUAUUGGAAGAUUAGGAUGUGCAACAGAAUAUUUCAAGAAAAAGUUUUACCUGUGGAAGGAGCAUUGGAUUUCUUGAAUGCAGCUGGUUUCGAGCAAAAACGAUUGUUGCAUAAUGAGAGUGAGGAAGACUUCUUAGUUUGGAGUCCUAACAACUGCAGCAUCGAGAAUCUUACCAUGUUAGAUGAAGCGUUAAAGUCUGCAGAACCUAUUCCUAUCGAGUUGGACAGGAAUCUACAAGUGUUGAUGCCUAGCCAAGCUCGCGUACGGAACGAAUUGCCACCUAGUUUUUUCACGAUGACUCCGGAGGAGAUAAAAAGGGAGCAACAGUUGCGGACGGAAGCUGUAGAGAGAAACCAAAUGCUGAGAACGAAAGCUAUGAGGGAAAGAGACGAGCAACGUGCACUUAGAAAAUACAAAUUUGCCAUUCUACGUAUUAAAUUCCCGGAUGGAAUAAUAUUGCAGGGGACUUUCUCGGUACACGAAAAGUUUCACAGUGUAGCUGAGUUCGUCGCUGAAAAUUUGGUCGAUGAUAAAGUACCCUUUUUGUUGUCGACACCGGACGGGAUUAAAUUAUUGGAAGAAUGUAAUGAUAAGACACUUUUAGAAUUACGGUUAAUUCCCACGGCUAUCUUAGAGUUCUCCUGGAACGCUGAUCACGAAAAUUUAAAUAAGCCCAAAGAAUAUUUAAAGGAAGAAAUUCUUUCUUACAUACAAGCAGUUUGAAGAUGCAGUUAUAAACAGUCUUGUUUAAAAAUGCAUUUUCAAUAACUUUUUACUGCUUCUUUUUCAGUUAUUGAUUAUAAUCAUGUCGUUAUGUUUUGCAAUCAUUCCAGUUUUCAGAUAAUUUUUCUCCUGUGCAUUAUAUAUCUUUUUUUUUUAUAUGUAUCAUUACUUGUAUUAAAACUCUUCACAUUGUUGGAUUGAUUGACGUAUUAUUAUUGACUAGACUCUUCGUUUAAUAAAAUUUUUAACGUUAAA